AUGGUUGGCGUUGACAAGGAGCAUAUCCAGAAAAUAAUCAAUGAAAAUACUAGCUCAAAUUUCGAAGGAUAUACAAAGAAAAAGAAAGAGAGAAUCGAUGCUAGGAUAAAAUAUUACAAUAACAUUAUGGCAAAAUUUACACCACAUCAGAUUCUCCAGGCUCAAGCUGAAAUGGAUGCUUUGGUGGACCUGCUGGAAAAAGAACGCGACCUUUCCCGUUAUGCUGUUCACGUUGAUAUGGAUGCAUUUUAUGCAGCUGUUGAAAUGAGAGAUGAUCCUUCACUUCGCAAUAUUCCAAUGGCAGUGGGUUCGAAUUUAAUGCUUAGUACAUCAAAUUAUGCCGCUCGUCGUUUUGGUGUCCGUUCUGCUAUGCCCGGUUUCAUUGCAAAGAAGUUAUGCCCUCAACUAAGAAUUGUUCAUGGUUGUUUUGACAAAUAUCGAGAAGCAAGUUCAGUGGCUAGGAAAAUAUUUAGAGACUAUGAUCCUGAUUUUUAUGCGGAUGGCUUGGAUGAAGCAUAUCUCGAUUUAACUACCUACAUCCAAAAUCGAUUCCGCACUGGCUCAGUUGAGCACGAAAGAAUUCGAUAUAUGGGUGAGUGCGUUUGUCGACUACCUUUGGUUGCAGAAAAUGAGAUACAUCACUUGAACAAGGCUGAAAUUACUGAAGAAAUAUGCACAAAAUGUAAAAAACUACGUAAAUGUGUACGAGACCACAUCACUUUCGGAGUGGAUAUUGAUGAAGUUGUUCGUGAAAUGCGAUUCAGAGUAGAACAAGCAGUGGGUUUAACAUGUAGUGCAGGAAUUGCGCCAAAUUCUCUGUUAGCUAAAGUAUGUUCCGAUAUCAAUAAACCGAACGGGCAGUAUCGUCUGCUGAAUGAAAGGGAAGCCGUUUUAACUUUUUUGAAGGAUCUUCCAAUACGUAAGAUAAGCGGUAUUGGGCCUGUAAUGGAAGCAGUUCUAAAAGGGAUAGGUUUGGAAAAAUGUGUUGACUUCUAUGAGCGACGCGGAAUAAUUAGUUUGCUUUUUACACAACGCAGUUAUGAAUAUUUUUUGCGAAUUGCUCUUGGUAUAUCUCAAACGUUGGAAAGUCUUUGCAACGAACUUAUUAAUUCUUUACCCAGUCAUGGAAUUCGAGGAGGACGAACAGUUACUGUAAAAAUGAAAUUUUCAACGUUUGAUGUAAUUACACGGUGCUGUAGCGUGGACUAUAUGAUUUGUGAUGUAAACCGUUUAUUUGCUUUGUGUUCGAAAUUUGUACGUAGAGAAAUGCAUGACGGUCAUGACAGUGAUAAGUAUUUGCGACUGCUGGGUGUACGAUUAGCGCAUUUGGUCUUCAAAAAUGAGAAAGUUGAAUCGCCAUAUCCGCUGUGCUUAUUUUGGAAGCGAAGAGAAUCAAUAGGAUACAUUAGUGAUGCAUCAAAUGACAGUCUUCUACUUCCACCUUUAAAACUCGAUAGCAACGGUGAAGAUUCAGAUGAUGUUUCCCGAGAAAUGGUUUAUUUGGAUCAACCACAGCCUUGCCCAAUUUGCAAAACCACACUGCCGAAGGAGCUGAGUUUGGUGAAUCAGCAUAUUGAUGAAUGUUUGAAUAGGCAAGUGAUAAGUGAACUGCAAGACGCUCAAAACGCCAAUAAAACAACGUUGAAAUGUGGAAGUCCGAAAGAUAAGAUACCAAAAAAAAGGCUGGCGAAGGGAACAGUGCCUCCUAAUAAGACACCCAAGAAUUCAUUAGAAAAUUAUUUGACCAGAACACCGGCGAAAAUGUAA